CCUAACAUUUUCCUCCACAUUAUCCUUCUUCUUCUUACCUCCCUAGCCGCUCACAAGUUACAACACAAGCCUUCUCUCCCUCAAGGUGUCGACUGUCGAUACGGGUAUGAUAACUGGAACUGCCAAGUCCAUGUAACAAAUGCAGGCAGUCACUUCUGUUGUCCUCUUCAAUUUGUCUGGUUAAUGGCUUCAUGUCAACAUAAAAGAACAUAAUACAAAAAGUAAACAACUAAAGAAGCUAAUGUCCAGUUGUCCACGUCGGACGGGGGCCCACAAAUAAGAGAACUGAGAACAGGAACAGUAGAGUUCAACCUUCAACGUGAUACCUAACUGGUUUUCUAAGUUGAACCAACCUCGAAGUCUCAACGUCUUGCUUGUCUGUCUCCACCAACCCACCAAGACAAAAUCACAUUUCUUACUUGCUUGCUUUGAUCGCUACUUGACGGACUUCCCCACGUUGCUUCCCUUCCUAUUUAUAAUUCCUUUCUCACCCCUAACUUUCCCCUCACUUUUCUUCCGUACCAAACACCCUCACCCCCCAUCUUCGCUCUUUUAACCAAACAUGGCCUUAACAACCCAGACUAGUCUCCUUCAAAAACCUUGCCUUCCCUCGCCGUCUCUUUCCCAGCCUUCCGCAUUUUCCUUUCCGGCAGCUCUCCCUUCCCGAAAACUCCGUUCAGCUUCCAUCCAGUGCUCUGUAACUGCCGCCCCGUCUGUUGCGGUGACGGCUUCCAAGGAGUGCAGGGUCAAAUCAGUCAAAGCUAGGCAGAUCAUUGACAGCAGGGGUAAUCCCACGGUCGAGGUUGAUUUGAUCACUGAUGAACUUUAUCGGUCAGCCGUCCCUAGCGGCGCCUCUACCGGAAUCUAUGAGGCGCUGGAGCUUAGAGAUGGUGACAAGAGCGUCUAUGGGGGCAAAGGAGUGCUCUUUGCGGUCAAAAACAUCAAUGAAGUUUUGGGUCCUAAGCUUAUUGGCAUUGAUGUUAGAAACCAAGCGGAUGUAGAUGCUGUUAUGCUGGAAAUUGAUGGAACUCCAAACAAGUCAAAGCUGGGAGCCAAUGCAAUAUUGGGAGUGUCAUUGAGCGUAUGCAGAGCAGGCGCCGGGGCCAAAGGGAUGCCAUUGUACAAGCAUAUCCAGGAAUUGUCAGGAACAAAGGAGCUUGUUGUGCCAGUUCCAGCGUUUAAUGUAAUCAAUGGAGGAAGUCAUGCUGGAAAUAAUUUGGCCAUGCAAGAAUUUAUGAUACUACCAGUUGGCGCAAGCUCGUUUGCUGAGGCCCUUCGCAUGGGGAGUGAAGUCUAUCACAUACUGAAGGGUAUUAUCAAAGCAAAAUACGGACAAGAUGCUUGCAAUGUUGGAGAUGAAGGGGGAUUUGCUCCUAAUGUUCAGGACAAUAGGGAGGGAUUGGUUUUGCUAAUGGAUGCAAUUGAGAAGGCUGGUUACACUGGAAAGAUCAAAAUAGGAAUGGAUGUUGCAGCUUCGGAGUUUUUCACUAAGGAUGGGAAAUAUGACCUAAACUUUAAGAAACAACCAAAUGAUGGAGCUCAUGUGCUCUCGGCUCAGAGCUUGGGUGAACUCUACAAAGAGUUUGUCAAAGAUUUUCCUAUCGUGUCAAUUGAAGACCCAUUUGACCAAGAUGACUGGAGCUCAUGGGCUUCACUACAAUCAUCAGUCAAUAUCCAACUUGUUGGAGAUGAUUUGUUAGUCACAAAUCCAAAGAGAAUAGCUGAAGCCAUUCAAAAGAAGGCUUGCAAUGCCUUGCUUCUUAAGGUUAACCAGAUUGGUACAGUGACCGAAUCUAUUCAAGCUGCACUUGACUCGAAAGCUGCAGGAUGGGGAGUGAUGGUCAGCCACCGAAGUGGUGAAACAGAGGACAACUUCAUUGCUGACCUUUCUGUUGGUUUGGCUAGUGGCCAGAUCAAGACUGGAGCUCCUUGUAGAAGUGAGAGGUUGGCCAAAUACAAUCAGCUAAUCUCUUCUCUGUUGGCGAGUUCCAUUGCCAAAGCCCAAUCCAUUGCAGUUAAGGGCAAAUUGAGUGCAGCCAAAGCGCAGCUUAUCCUGCUCACUUUGAUGAAGAACAAGAAGGCGGUUUUGCUUGGUUCCAUCACCAACAAGAUUCAUGGACUCCUUAGCGACAAUGAAACUAGCCAAGACGACCAAAACAAAGCCAUAGUUCCAUUUCCAGAUGACGCCACAGCUAAUGAUGGCGAUGAUGAUGCUGAGGAUAGCAAGUAUCCUGAUCUGACGCACUCUUUGUUUGAUGAGGAAUUGGAGUUGGAGGCUGAAACUCAAGGUGGGUCCAUCAUUGAGAUGGUGAGGAAUUCCAAAGAGGAAGGAGAGGAUUUCAGUUUGGAAGACGAGAUUGAUCACGUUGCAGACUUAUUCAUAACCAGGUUUUACAAACAAAUGCGCCUGCAAAAGCUCUUAUCUUUCAAGAGGAAUCAAGAAAUGCUGGCCAGAAGCGUUUAGAGACUUUCAGACAUUUAACAGUUUACUAUGUUUUUCCUAAGAACUUGUUUUGUUUCCUCUCAAUUUCUGUAAUUUGCUUUGAUUUUAAAACUACCAUACAAGUUUAGC